AUGAUUGGACUGAAGGUUCCAGCGGACUACAAGAUUUCCAAGGGCGCUUAUAAGUCUUUGGCUGCUGGUUUGGUUUGCAAUGAGUUCCCGUUGAUGGGUGGCCGUCUGGUGCCUCUUAUGAGGGAACUGUUCGAUGACAGUUUUCUGCACAAGGACGAUCACCCUACGAUCGGACUCUGGAAAAACAUGUUUGACAGCCAGGUCGCCGUCCAGUUCAACCACAGUACUCUCGCUACGACGACAUUCACUGCUGUUACUUCUUUGUUUCUGUACUCGCGUGCACUGCCUCUACCUCCUCAUAUACGCCUUGGUGUGAAUGCGCUGAUGGGAGUCGCCUGCUCUCAAGUCGGACUUGGCAUUAUGACCCUGUUGUACAUGGUCCCAGUCUCGGUUGGCACUGACUAUCAGGCUGGAUCAUUGACGCUAUUUGACUACAGCGCUGCACCUGAUGCACAGUCUGAAGAAGGCCCCUGUCGUCAAGAAGAUCUCUUUGAAAAGAACCAAGCAAAGAAAAAGAUGCUGCAGACGAAAUUGUUGAAUGUUGUGAUAAAGUUGAUUGACAAGAUGAUUGCAGAACAACCAGUUAAACUGAUGCAUCUCUAUCCUUAUGGGACAUGGUAG